AUGACUUUCCUAACGCAAGGCUCCAGCCUGGCUAGAGCCGCUAUUAUUGUGGCCGGUGUGGCCUCUCUGAUGGCCUCGCUCAUCUCAUUACUUAUCAAUCAAGGUCCAUCUGGCUUCAGACUAUCGUUGAAAGCAGCAGCCUGGGUUGCACCCAUUCGAGAUAUAUAUGAACUGCUGAUCAACUUCCUCGGAGGAGAGAGAUCACUUAUCAUAAUGACUCAUGGCCGUCCUCCAAUCCAACAUACCUGGCCGCUGAAUCAGUUUCUGCCGAAGAUUGACAUUUCAGACCCAUAUACUUUCCUGGCUGUGAAACGAGGGAUCUUACAGUACGCGUGGUUGAAGCCGAUACUUGCUCUGGUUACUAUCAUCCUUAAAGCUACCAAUACCUUCCAAGAGGGCUACAUCGGGCUCUCCUCCGGUUAUCUUUGGGUCGGAAUCAUCUACAACCUUAGCGUCACAAUCAGCUUGUAUUCGCUCGCCUUGUUUUGGAUCAUUAUGCACGAUGACCUCAUGCCUUAUAGACCCGUCCCAAAAUUUCUAAGCGUCAAGCUUAUCAUAUUUGCAUCCUACUGGCAAGGAUUCUUUCUUUCUAUUCUUCAAUUUCUAGGAGCGAUUCCCCAUGGCCCGGAGGGUUAUACACCAAAUAACAUGGCGGCAGCAAUUCAGGAUCUCCUGAUCUGCUGUGAGAUGCCUAUUUUUGCACUCAUGCACUGGUAUGCGUUCUCGUGGCAUGACUACGCAAAUGCAUCCAUCUCCUCCGCCCGAAUGCCCGUUAAAUAUGCGAUUCGCGAUGCGUUCGGGGUAAAGGAUCUAAUUGAGGACACCAAGGAAACUUUCCGGGGUGAAAAGUACCAGUAUCGGUUUUUUGACUCGGAAACAAACGUCCUUGCUCACGAAGAAUCGCGGUCACGAAUGGCUCGUGUGAUGGAUGGUAUGCGAUACGAAAGAGGAGGAAAGGCUAAGUAUUGGAUCCCCAAGCCUAAAGAAGCGAAUAGCCGUACACCACUACUAGGCCCUGGAUCGUCGUCCCGGAGAGAGUCUCAUGCCAGCUCGAGCCGGAUAAGGGACGAAGGUCAGCGAGAUUAUGAUAUUGAAGAACCCAUUCUUAAUGACGAGGACGAGAUGUGGUUCACCAAUGCACGCAAACUUGAGUUUGGAGACUGGAAUUAUCCCGUUAUCACGACGAACGAGGUAUACAGGGAACAAGCAUGGCAAAGGCAGCCAUCCGUUUACUCAAGCCGACGAGGCUCAAGCGAAGGAAACAAGAUCAAACGCCCAGGAAACCGCCAAGGCAGACGUCACCAGCACUCUGGAGAAGGACAGUCAGGCUCCUCCAGUAGCAUCAGAGUAGACAAGGCCAAGCAACCGGCUGCACCCACAAGAGGGUCAAGCGAAACGAGCCAGUCAAACAGCUCAUCUCGCCAACUCGCAGACUUGGUGGAGGGUGCAGAAGACGCACCAACACAGAGAGCAGGGGAUCGAGAUCGGCUUCCUCGUGAUACCACAACACGAGACUAUGCACAGGAACAGCCAUCCAUGAGAGAGAGAGGGAAAGCCCUUGCAUUGAAGAAUGUUACCACUAAUAUCAAUGCUAGGAUCGAUACACAAGACACUAACAAGGUAUUACCGUCGCUACGAUCAAAUCAAAGCGAGAACCCUGACUCUUCUAAUUAUAAUACACCGGGGGACUUCGGCAGCUACCAACAUGACGGAUCCAAGCCAGGAACUGGGGGGUACAGCGGUGUCUUUGAUGAUGAACAUGAUGCCUGGAACACCUCUGGUGCAACCAAAUAG